AUGAGAAUAUCUCUGAUUCUCACAGCUCUUGGAGCGGCCAUUGUACAAGCAGCAUAUCCAGGUGACAUUGUGCAGUAUUGGGUCGACCAAUCCGCUAUUCUGGUCAAUGGUUCGAUAAUUGGAGGACUAUCGUCACCACCAUCAGGAUGGUUUGAAGCAAUCGUUCAGGGCGCCGUUUACAUUGCGGCACUCGACAGCCGAAGUGAGGCGCUCGCCUUCCAACAACUCGCAGUCUCCCAUGCCGCCCACGACAGCCUAGUUUGGAUCUUCCAUGGUACACGCUUGUACGCGACUGUUGACUCAAAGUUAAAAGCUGUACUUGCGCCGAUUGGAAUCAACCAGUCCUCUGUGGACUACCAACGCGCCACUAACAUUGGACAAAAGGCUGCGGUGAACAUCACGAGAGCGCGCAGCGAUGAUGGCAUCAAUUAUUUCGUAGACUAUAUCCAGCAACCUGCGAUUCCAGGGGUUUAUGAACAAACUCCGGGUGGCUCGCCCAUCCCGGAUACUCCACAGGCCCGGUACCUUCGCCUAUUCGGUGGCCUUGGUGAUGUGACACGUUUUAGGGCACCACCUCCGCCAUCCAUCAAUUCCUCUGGCUACGAAGACUUCCUACUAUAUGUGAAGCAACAAGGUGCACGAAACUCAACAUUUCGCCGGUCAUAUGAUACGGAGACAGCUUAUUUCUGGCGAGAGUCCAGUCCAAUAGGGUGGAACAGACUUGCGCACGGCGUUGUAGGCAAUUCUCUCGCUACAGACGUUGUUGCCUCUGCGAAGUUUUAUGCGCAGUUGAACUACGCCCUCGCGAAUGCAGCUAUUGCCGCCUGGGACGCAAAAUUCUUUUACAACACAUGGCGUCCUGUGACCGCUAUUCGAAGAACCGACAUCUGGUUGCCCAGUGGCAGAAACGUCUCCGAUCCAACCUGGACACCACUUCUCACUCCCACGCCAAGUCAUCAAGAAUACUUAUCCACGCACGCGACAUUUGGCGGUGCCGCAGCUGCCGUGAUACGAAAUUGGAACGGCGGCGACGCGAUCAAUAUCACGCAGAGCAGUAAUGUCACACUAGACAACAUUGGCGUCAUCACUCGACGAAUCACAAAUUUGUCGGAGGCUGCCAAGGAAAAUGGUGAUAGUAGGGUCUUUGGUGGUGUUGGUGAUUCUGUGGGACGUGAAACACUUAGGCUUUUUGACGAGAAUUGGGCCAAGUUCUAA